AUGGUUUUCGGAGGAGCUCUUGGUUUAAUUCUUCUUGGAUUUGGUAUUAUUUUUUGUAUUAUAUGGCUAACAAUUCGUUUAUUUUUAAUUUAUCUUAAAUGGUUUCGUCGAAUUGAUAUUAAUUUUAGUUCAAUUGGUCUUGGUGAUAUACAAAAUCUUGAAAUAGAACAUCGUUUAUUUCAUCUUCACAUUAAACAUGUUAAUCUUUUGUCUAUAUUUUCAAUAGUUCUUUGGCGAUUACCAAUUUUAACAAUACAUAAUGUUCAUCUAAAAAUUAAUUCUCUUACAAAUAAAAAUCUAACUAAAACUAAACAAAAAAAUGAUUGGAAAACAAAAUUAUAUUUACUUAAAUAUGUUUCCAUUCGAAUUGAACAAUUGCAAAUUGAAUAUGAAAAUAUCAAUAUUACAUGUCAACGUGUUUCAUUACAUCCAGCUACUAUACCAAACAGUACAAAUUCGAAUACGUCGAUUAAUUGUGAAUAUGUUGAAUUAUCAUUUGCUGAGAAAACAGAGAAAAUAAAUAAUGAUAUAUCACCAGAAUUAUUAUUGAAAUCAACAUGGAAUAAUAUUGAAUUACAAACAAAUUUAGAACAACGUUUACUUAUUGAUACAAAUCAUUGGUCUAUUACAAUUGAUGACAGAAUAAUUCAAUAUUUAAAAAAACAACAAGCGAAUUCUUUUUCUUCGACUUCUCAACAACAAAAACAACAACAACAACCACAAAGAACAUCAAAUUUUCGUUAUAUAGAUUCUAAUUUAUUAUCCAUGACUCAACCGACACAUUCAAAUAAUCUAUUUACUAAAUUUGAUCAAUGGCUUGAAUUUCUUCAUGAUCCAUUUCUUAGUAUUUCUGUUCGACAUUUUGAUUUGCAAUAUACAUCUAUAGAUAAUAUACAUCAUUAUCAUACUCUUGACACAGCUCAAUUCUCAUUUCAAAACUCAUCUACAGUCUCAGUUGAAUCACGACAUGCAUAUAUUGCUAAUUUUCGACUUCAUUCUCAGUCAGUACUUAUUAAUGGUUUAUGUCAAGUAACAAUAUUUCCUGUUCGUCUUGAUCUUACUUGUCAAUUAAAUGAACUUAAUAUUCAAUUACAUGAACAUACUAUUCAACAAGUUUAUUCACUACUAUCCUCUCGAUCAUCUGCAUCAUCAAACACUACAUGGAUAUUGGAUCGACAGAUAGAUAUAUCAUUCCAAUUUUUAAAUCCGUCUAUUCGUUUAAAAAUGCUUGAUAUUGAUGAAUGGUUCAUAUGUCAGAUGAAUUCCUCAAAAAUAAUCUUUCAUUAUAUUCAAAAUUUAGAAUCAAAAUCAUUAAUUGAAUUAAAAAAUAUGCUGAUAUAUACGUCUAAUAAUCAGGAUAACGUAUCUUCUGAAUCCUUAAUUGAUAAUCUUGAUAAAAAACAUGUAUGGAAUUGUCUAUUUUAUCUUCCAAAUGCAAAUGCAACUAUAUUAAUCAGUAAAUCGAUACAUAUUCAAUCUGAUAUAACUGGAAUACGUUUGCAAUCAAAUCAUAUUUUAAUUUCUCUUUUAAAACGAUUACGAACUAUGUCAGUUUCAUCAACAAAAACAAUACCACCACCAACAAAAACAGAUUCAAAUCGUUCCAUUGAAUUGUCUUUAUAUAUGAAGUCUGUUACAAUAGUUAUUUGUGAUACUGUACCAGUAUAUUUGUGCUUAUCAAUAUCAUCGAUACGUGCAACUCGAUCACAAGUAGAAAUGAAAAAAAUUAUAACAUUCUUUAAUAAUCAAUCAUCAGAUGAUAUACCGUUCGCUUCGUUAACACAAGGUCAGAAAAUACUUGAAAUUCGUCGUAUGACUAAUCAACAUCUUCUCACGAAUUCAACCAUAAAAAUAACUGUUUCACAUGAUAUGAUAUUAGUAUGGUCAACUAAAUUACAUUUGUUUUUGUAUCGUUUUAUGUCUUCAUUAAAAUUAAAUAAUGAAAAAAUGAAAACAGUAUCAAAUGAUAAUGAGAGCAAUAAACAAACGACAAAGAAUAAUAUCGAGUUUAAUGUCGAUGCAUUUGCUCAUGUAUAUUUACAAUUAUCAAAUGAUUGCAAAAUUCAUUUGAAAUUUCAUCAAUUCUCAUCUCAAUUUAUUCGCCAACAUUCAUUUGAUAAUGAAACACAAAUGCAAUUAAAAUGCUCACAAUUAAUUAUCGAUUGUCAACAACAAUGUAUUUUUGUUAUAAAUGAUAUAUUAUUUACACGUCUUACUCAAUCAAAAGUUUUAUCAACAGAACGAUUAAUAUUAUUACAGAAGAAAACAGUUGCUAAACUUGAUAUGCCGCAUAAUCGUGCUAGUUUAGUUGAAAUAAAUUCGUUUUCUAUACGUUUUCCAUUUGAUUCAACAUUUAAUGAGGUUGUUGAAAAGUUAGUUAAUAUUCGUAAAUGGUUAAAACGUAUUCAUAAUCAUAAUGGAGAUAUGUCAUCAAAAUUUUUAAAUGAAAUUCCUAAACAUAAAAUAUCAAAUGAAGUUUGGACAGAUUUAUCAAUAAAAAUCAAUGACUUCGAAUUAGCUAUUAUUGAUGAUUUAUUUGAAGUAAAAUUAUUUCAAAAUUAUUGCUUAAUGGCUGAUGAAUAUCAAGAACGUGAAAUACGUGAACAAGUCUUACAACAACGUAUUGAAGAAUCUGACCGUACAUCUCAACCAUUACAUAAUAUAAAUGAAUUAAAACGAGCUUUAAUGGAAGCAAGUUCUAAAGUAUAUAUAAAACGUAGUCAAAAAACAAAUUUUGAUGAGAAUAAACAACGAAUAAAACGUAAUUUAAUACGUUGGCAUUUACAACAAGUUGAUUUAAUUGCAUUAGCUGAUCAAUCAUGGACAGGAAAAGAAAAUAUAUUAAAUAUAAUACAUCAAAUUGAUUCGGAUAGUACACAAAUUCCAUAUGAUACAAGUGAUUUAUGUACUAUAUGGUGUCGUUAUGUUAUAUUAAAAUGCGAUGAAUGGUCAAUACAUUUUAGAGAUUUUCGACAACCAUUAUGGCAAAUGCAACAAUUCAAUCUUUGGGGACAUAUUUGUGCUGCAGAAGUUACACCUGAUAGUUUAGAUUCUAUUCGAACACCAUGGGUAGAGAUUGGUGAACCUUAUGAACCAAAUCGAUUUCGUGUACAACGUCUUCUUUCACCAUUGAAAUUCUAUCAUGAUAUCAAUUCAGAUAUUGAUUCUUUUCUUAUUUCUUAUGGACCAGCUUGGGAAAAUACAAUGGCACAAGUAAAUUUAUGUUUAAAUAGUAUAACACCUCGUACUGUUGAUCCUUCACCAUUACUUCCAUGGUGGGAUAAAAUUCGUCUUUAUCUUCAUGGUCGAUGGUCAUUUGCAGCAAAUAAAAUGUCAUGGCUUUAUCAUGUUGCAUCAAGUCCAUAUAAUGAUACUGAAGAAAUGGAAUGGGUAUGGGAUCAAGCAUUUGUUGAUUGGACAAAUGGAAAAUUUAUUAUUCAAGCAUCAAGUCUUUCGAUUAAAUUAAGAACAAGUUCAAAAUAUGAUGAUUGUUGUCUACUUUAUUUACCAAGUGUUGAUACAAGAAUUACUCUUAAUUGGUUAUGUACUGGUAAUUCAAAUGAUCAUCAUGCUGUUCGACUUGCUACACGUGACGCUCCUCAUGAUUCUUAUACUCUAAACCGUUCAAAGCAUUUAAAUGCAACAGCAAAAUUUGAAUGUAAAGAUGUACCUGAAGGUGGUAUACCACCAACAUGUACUAUCUAUGCUAGUACACUUAGAUUUUGUGAACGUGUAAAAAAUACAAUGAUGUCUAUUACUCGACCAACACGUCGUGGACCAUUAUUUUUACCCAUAGGUGAACUAGUUGUUCCAGCACGUAAACCACUUCUAUCUCGUCAUUAUGAAGCUGUUGAAUUACAAUUAAUUCUUCCACAAUUUCGUGUGAAAUAUUUAACAUCAUUUGCACGUCAAACAGGUGCACAAGUUGAUUGUCAAUUAUUUAAUUUUGUUACUUAUCAAGAAUUAAAUUUAAUUGAUCAUCAUGAUGGUCUUGCACGACGUCCAAAAGUUUCAUGGAAACCUAAAAUGAUGAAUGUUAAUUUAAAACGUGCACAAACAUGGUUAUUACGAGAUGCUAAUGAAGAUAAAGAAUCAAAUGAAAUAUCAAAUAAACAUGAUAAUCAAAAAGAAUGUCAACAACAACGAACAUUUUUUCUUAGUUUAGAUAGUUUAAUUUAUAUACGUUCACCAUCAACAAGUAGUAAAAGUAGUACACAUUCAGUAUUAAUUGAUGAAUUAAAAGCUGUAUGGAAUUUAACUAAUCGUCGAACACUUUUUCUCGUUUAUGAACGUUAUCGUCGAAAUAAUAUUCUUCGAUCAAAUCUUUCCAAUCCAUUUGCUAAAGAACUUGAACAUUUACAACAAGAAAAAACUCUUACUACACCUUCAGAUCAAUCGCCAGCAGAUGAUAUUUCAAAUAUAACAUCAACAUUAACUUCAGAAGAUUUAUAUUCAACUCAGACAUCAACAACUAUAAGUAUGACAACAAAUGGAUCAACUUCACAACCAUCAACAUUAGCUUCGUUCCUCGAUCAACUUAUUAAUGAAAGUCAAAAUAAACCAAGUGCAGAUCUUGAUCCUAGUGUCGAUGCAUCUGUAUCAUUAAUUGGUCUUCGUCAAUGUACAAAAGAUGAUGUGGAAGAACAUACAUUACAUAUUGAAUUAGCUGAUAGUCAAAUAGCUUUACGUGGUAUUGAAUCAGGUGGUUAUGUUAUAUUAUCAGCUACAGUUGCAUUAGUUGAUCAAUAUCGUCAUCAACCUGUCUGGCGUGAUGAACAGUUAUGCGAUAAAACAUCUUGGCAUGGUGAUUUACAAGGAAUGCAAUAUUUUUCAACGACAGUAUCUUCAUCAUCACCACCACCAACAACAACAACGACGACAACAAAAGCAAAAGAAAAAAUAAAUAAUCCAACUUCAACAUUAUUUUCACUAGAUGAUGAUAUUAUUUGGAUUCCACGACGUGAUAUUCGUGAUGAAAAUUCUCUUCUAGGUGAAUCAUCACGAAGUGUUGUUGGAAGUGUAGCUACAAAUGAUGGUUGUGGUGAUCAACAACUUCAAUGUAUUAUAUCAAAAUCAAAUGCAACUUUAUCCUAUGUAUUUUAUACUGAACAAACACAACAAGAAGAAGAAACUGAUACGAAUAUUGUUAUUCCGCCAUUUACAAAACCAUCAAUAAAUGAAUCUAAUCCUAUUGGUGAAAAUGAUCGUUUACUCGUUGAUUCUUUUACAUUUAUUCAUAAUGAUAUUCAAUUAUCAACAAAUUCGUCACAAUAUCGUACAAUUAUGGAUAUUGUUAAUAAUUUACUUUUAUAUGUUGAACCGAAGAAAGAAGGUGCAAAUAAUAAAUUACGAAAGCUUCGUUUAAAAAUUCAAUUAGCUAAUAACUUACCAGUUUUACAAAAAAAUAUUCGUCAUUUACUUGAACGUGUCAGAUCAACAUUAGCUGAGCUACGACGACUUGAACGAGAAAUUUAUUAUUUUAGUCGAACUAAUAAUAAUAAUUUAGCUAGUAAUUCAUAUUCAUCCGAAGAAGAAGAUGGUACUAGUACUGGUCCUGUUCCUGGUCAUGGUCGAGAACGUGCAUUUUCAUUUACACCAGAAGAAUAUGAACAAUUACAAAAUUCAUAUAGUUCAGUUAAAGCUGAAUCAAAUGAAUUAGCAGAAAAUUUAGGAAUGAUGUGUGCAGUUUAUAAAGAUAUGCAAUUAGCACGAUUAGUCAAACUGAGAAUAGCAGCAACAAGUAAUAAGACUGCUCGAUUAGAACGACGAUAUGAAAUUCAUGGUGGUUCGAUAACAUGGUUUAUUAAACAUGAAGAUGGACAAAUUACAAAUGCACAAUUUUUGUUAAGAAAUCUUUUGUAA